AUGUAUUUAGGAGCACCAAUUAAAGCAAAAACCAAUUCAACAAAUGAAAAUGGAGAAGAAAUUAAACCAAAGAAAAUUAAUGAAUAUAAAUUACCAAAAGAUAUUGGACCAGGGUUAUUAAAAUUUUGUUUAACUCAUUCAGAUUCACCCAAUUUAAAAGAGACAGUUUUACCAGAAGAUCGUGAUCCAAAGGAUUACGAUUGGUUAAGACAAGCAUUCGAUAAUUUAGAAGAUGAUGCAAAAAAGAUGAAAAAACUAUUAGAGAUAUUCGAUGAAACUAAACCAGAGAAUCAAUCAUUGUCAGUAGAAGAAAGAGAAAACAAAUAUAUAACAUCAUUAGAGACCUUACAAUUUUACAUUGAAGAUAUUGAUAAUGCAGGUGAUUUCAUAAAGAUUGGUGGCAUACCAGUAUUAAUUAAACUAUUAACUCCUCUCAGCGGCAGUGGUAGUGGUGGUGAUAAAGUACGUGCAGAUGCAGCAACAUGUUUAUCAACAAUCACACAAAGUGAAGAAACCAUUCAAGCAUAUCUUCAUUCAUUGGGUGUAUUAGAUUUGGCAGUUAAACAAUUACAAAAGGAAAUUAAUCCAUUGGUUAGAGAGAAAUUCCUUUCGUUGAUUAGUAGUUUACUCUCUUAUGAAAUUAGGAAGUGUACCUUUGAUAAAUCAAUUCUAAAUACAAUCGUUGAAUUAUCUACAACUUUUCUUUCACCAACUGUUGAAUUAACCGUACAACUCAAUAAUGAUGAUUCUUCAACUCAUACCAUUUCAAUCGAUAAUGGUGUAAGUGGUAUUUCAAAAGCAUGUUUCCUUUUAAAUAAAAUUUUCAUAGCUUCUCCCGACACUAAAGAAUUUGCAAUUAAAUGUGGUACUUUGGAUGGUUUAAUUGGUUUAAUUAAAGCUUUUAAUAAAAUUCAACAACAAUCAACAACAACAACAACAACAGCCUUAUUGGAUACUCAAAUUGUAAUGGUAGAAAAAGCUGAAAUCACUUUAUUACAAUUAAUUGAUAAAAAUAAUUCAGCAAUAGAACAAUGUAAACAACAACAACUCUCUUUAGAGAUUGAAAAAAGAUUAACUUUUACCACUAAAAAUUUAAAUCCAAAAGAUUAUGAAGAUGAAAUUCAAACCUUAAAUAAUAUUAAAUCACUUUUAAAAUAA